GGGGCACUGACGCUGGGGUGUGAUCUGUACAAGAGGACUGGUGCGAUAAGGCUGUGCCGUAAUCAGGGGUUCGUUAAAAAGAGGUCUCUCGACAGCGUCAGGCAUCACUCGGACAGCAUGAUCAGGCCACUGCUGAUGUGCUUUGCCCUCUGCGUAGUCUACGCCACCAGUAAACCCAUGGAGAAGAAGGACCGCAUUCACCAUGAGGAAGCUCUCAGCAGCCGUGAGCAUGACGAUGCCAAGGGCUACGAAUACGACCAUGAAGCCUUUCUGGGCCGGGAGGAGGCAAAGUCCUUUGACGAACUCACGCCGGAGGAGAGCAAGCACAGACUAGGUCUUAUCGUAGAAAAAAUAGACAAUGACAAGGAUGGUUUUGUCACUGAGGAGGAGCUGAAGGCCUGGAUCAAGAAAGCUCAGAAGAGGUACAUUUAUGUCAAUGUAGACAACCAGUGGAAUGACUUUGAUAUCAAUAAAGAUGGCCUGAUCUCCUGGGAGGAGUACAAGAAUGUCACAUAUGGCACCUACCUGGAGGACCCAGAAGUGGACGACGGUUACAAUUAUAAACAGAUGAUGGCAAGAGAUGAGAGACGCUUCAAAGUCGCAGACAGGAACGGGGACCUCAUUGCAGACAAAGAGGAGUUCACAUCCUUCCUCCACCCUGAAGACUACACGCACAUGAAAGACAUAGUGGUGCUGGAAACAAUGGAAGACAUCGACAAGGACGGCGAUGGCUUAAUUAGCCUGACGGAGUACAUUGGGGACAUGUACAAUCAUGAAGAUGGGCAGGAGGAGCCAGAGUGGUUGGUGACGGAGCGGGAGCAGUUCGUCGAGUUCAGGGACAAAAAUAAAGACGGAAAGAUGGACAAGGAGGAGACGAUGGACUGGAUAAUGCCAUCCGAUUACGACCACGCGGAGGCAGAAGCCAAACAUCUCAUCUAUGAGUCUGACACCAACAAGGAUGAGAAGCUUACCAAGGAGGAAAUCCUUAACAAGUACGACCUGUUCGUCGGAAGCCAGGCAACUGACUUCGGGGAGGCGCUAGUACGACACGAUGAGUUCUAGAGACUGUUUUUAGAUAGAUAAAUUCACCGAUUUGAGAGAUGAUAUUUAUUUUGUAGGGAGCCUACACAAACACAAGGUUGUUUGGCUAGUCUGACGAGUAAUGGCAUUUUGGUAUUUUUAUGUGUUUAUGUUCUCCCGGGUCCAAAUCUUGCCUUUGAGUUGUGUUACAUUAUCACACCCCCGGUCAAGUAAAAAAGCUUGACUUGUUUUCCAUUAGGGAUUUCACUUGUUUUUAUACUAACCUUUUAUUCAGCACUGAAUGAUACGAGCAGAAUUGAUGUUCCAUUUCAUGAGACGUCAAAUUCCAUCCUUUUUAUUGCGCUCAGUGUAGUUUACUGUCCCUGGUUGUGCUAGCAGACAACUACUACUACUGCUGCUUCUACUACUACUUUUGGCUGCUCCCGUUAGGGGGUCGCCGCAGCAGACCAUCCAUUUCCAUCUUGUCCUGUCCUCUGCAUCUUCCUCUGUCACACCAGCCACCUGCAUGUCCUCCCUCACCACAUCCAUAAACCUCCUCUUUGGCCUUCCUCUUCUCUUCCCUGGCGGCUCCAUAUUCAGCAUCCUUCUCCCAAUAUAUCCAGCGUCUCUCCACACAUGUCCAAACCAUCUCAAUCUUGCCUCUCUUGCUUUGUCUUCAAACUGUCAAACCUGAGCUGUCCCUCUAAUAUACUCGUCCCUAAUCCUGUCCUUCGUCACUCCCAGUGAAAAUCUUAGCAUCUUCAACUCUGUCACCUCCGUCUCUUCAUCAGUGCCACUGUCUCCAAACCAUACAACAUAGCUGGUCUCACAACCAUCUUGUAAACCUUCCCUUUAACUCUUGCUGUUACCCUUUUCUCGCAAAAAUUGUGCUUGCACACAAUACGGUCCAAUAGUUGUCUUUUUGAAAAAAAUCAAAGGUGUGCUCUCGUUAACAUGUUGAUCACUCACUUUAAAUAAAGCCCCUCAUCUUCAGAGCGAGAGGCUUCCUCACCUCAUGUUUUCAUCAGCAUUAACAAACCAUGCAUCCUUGAUCCUGUUGAGUCGUGCUGUCCUGUUUUUUUUUUUAAAGGAUUAAGCACAGAUAAAGGUAUAACCAUAUAACUGAGCUCUUUGUGGAGCGUCUCCCUGCCUUUUUCUGUUGGUCAAGCCUCACAGGAAUUUCAGUUGUCUGUCUUUUUGUCAUCUCCUUUUGCAGAACUCUUAGGGUGAAACUUAGUCAUUUCUGUUUUGCUGACAGUUUUAAGAUUUAGGAGAGAAACCAAGUCAUUUGGCAGACCAGCGUGAAAGUGCCUCAACUUUGGUUCAGAAACGAAGCUGCUGGACAAGCAGGACUGAGCAGUGAUGUUUUAAAAAGAAUUGUUAACCAUUGUUUGUAUUGGCGGCAGGUCCAGGGUGUCUCCCCGCCUGCUGCCCAAUGACUGCUGCGACCCCAAUUGGGAUAAGCAGCUUGGAUAAUGGAUGGAUGUUCUUAUUGGACACAUUGAAAACUCUUUCACAUUAGAUAUUCACUCAUUUGCACGAAGGCAGAAUGUAUGACGAUUCAUAUAUGGGGCUGAAUACUGUACUUUGAAUUUUACAGCCUAUUUUUAAAUAAAAACAAAACAUUGACCAAA